CAGGACCAUGGCUUGGUGUUCUCCCGCCACCCAACACCGUGCGGGCCCGGCCUGGUGGGUCCAUUUCCAAUGAGAUCUCAGCGCAGCCCCUCACACCCCGUGUUCCCCGGUCCGCUGCUGAUCGAGCUUGGCGGGGCUGUUCACCCCGUCCCGUCCCUGUGGGGCAGCAGAGCUGCGGAAACGGGCCAGCUCCUAGGGAGCCGAGCGAAGGCCCAGGGCUGUAGCACAGGACGCCUCCAGUCCGGCGCGCAUUGGGGAGCUGCCGCCGAAGGAGCCGCAGGAGGCCUGUGUGGCCCUGCGGGAGAGGCGGGGAAGCCGCUGCCGCAGGGAGUGUGGCCCGGGACUGCGGAACGCGCCGCUUCCAGUUUCCAGGCGGGUUGGGGGCUGCAUCUGCCCUGCGACAUGCACAGCAGCAGCCUGGGCCCGAUACGGUGGUUACCGAGUCACGCGGCCUGGGUCCUGUGGGGAUGCAGGCUGGUCCCCAGCACCCAUCCCCCUGUUACAAGACAGUCAUGGUUGUGUGCCUCUCCAUCUGCUGGAUUGCCUGCCUCUUUCUGCCCUCUGUUAAGUAGUGGGUGUAGACUUGCAUCUGUGGCCUCAUCGGAAUGGAGUGGUGGGAAUUUGUCCUCUGCUGGUUGGGAACAGGACAGCAAUGAGCCAGAACCGAGUAGAAAGCUCCUGGAAGCUGUCCGUCUGUCCCUGGCGGCACAGCAGAGACAAGCUGAUAUAGGGAGGUCGGAGCUGGGGAAGUUGUUGGAUUCAUUCUCUGACAUGGGAUUCAGUAAUGCCCAGAUAAUGGAGCUGUUCGGGUUGCAGCCCAAGCUGGCUCCUCAGACACGGCUGGCAGUGGUUUCCGAGCUCCUCCUGUUGGGCUUGGAUGCUGACUCCACACUGAGGGCCUUGCAGAAGAGCCCUGAGGUGCUAAGGAUGACGGCCCAGCAACUGAGGCAUCGUGCAGACUACCUGUGGAGACUGGACCUCGGAGAAGAGAACCUGCAGCAAGUGGUGAGCCACUGCCCCACAAUCUUCACCUUGUCCUUGAAGAAAAUAGAUGCAGUGGUGCGGGUGUUCAAGGAGAAGUGUAUUUUCACAGCAGAUCAGGUGACGGAGAUUCUGCAUCGCUACUCCAAUGUCCUGUUGGAGGAACCGCAUGACCUGGAGUACAAAUUCCAGGUACUCUUCCAUAGAAGUGAGGUGCAAUUCAGCAGUUCAGUCCCUGUAUUAAUGGGACUCCCAGCGUUCAUGACUCUGAAAGUUAUCCCAUGAACCCAACUCAUCGUUUCUAAAGGACUAAUGUUGCUCACAAUGGCAGACACCUACAAACGUCGUCUCCAAGGUGACUAACGCCCAGACAGCCUAGGACUCGGCUCUGUAUUUUCAUGCUCUGAGGAGGAGCGAUAGCGCACACUUACUGAUCCUAACCAGCCCCCCAUGCAAACAAUUUCAGUGUACCAGCCCUUGCUACAUCUUCAGACAUCUAGGCCUAAAUUUUCAGCUGUGACUGAUUUUGGGGGCCCACUCUGAGCUGGGUUAAAGGAGUUGGUUUCCGGAAGGUAGGCACUCAGCAUUUUCUGAAAAUCAGCCCCCUGUCACUGUGUCUCAGACUGCGCACCCAUAAUGACUAGUUUCUAUUGAAAAUGUGAGCCCUGUUUUCCAUUGUGUCUGUACGUUGCAGUGUUGCAAAGCCAUUGCAGUAGCCGUCAACGGACCCUACCUGCUGCCUGUCUUCUUUGAAGCAGUGCUCUCACAGCUCUCCUUGUAGCAGAUGUCCUGGUGGACUUUGUAGACCCUCUUGUAUCUGUUAGUACAAAGAGGACACAGCAGAACAAUUUGCUGUAGACAGACAUUGAAAAGGGUAGAGGCCUGCCUGGCCGCAAGCACUGGAUCCCUGAGGUCGCUUGUGCAGUGGGGUUUGGUCAGUCCUGAUCAAAAGACUGGUGUCAUGUCCAAUGUUGAUCAAGCUCACCACCAGCACCGUGAGGGGAGAGCACUGGCCACUCAACCACCAGCUGCAGGGUCUAUUGGCCAGGUUCAGAAUGGACUCCUAAUCCUUAGUGGAAUCCCAGCUACUCUUAGAGUCGGGGAGAGAGCCAGUUUUCUGGCUGGUAAUUAGGACAGCACAGUUUGGAGAGUGAGACGAGACCCUUCCAGAAAUGGUGCGUGGGUCUGGCGCAUAGAGGGUAACACAGUUAACAAACGUAGCCUGGACUCUAGGGUCUGGUGGGUAAGAGCCGAGUAAGUAUGUGCUGUGACUGGCUGCCAUUAAAGACCCACCGGUUACCACCCUGCUUUAAAA